CCGCACCUUCGCCGUGCAGUGCCGACCCUGGGACGUUUCUCCAACUGGCAAUAAUCGAGACCUUUUUUUUUUGGCCUUAUUAUUUUUAUUUCUGCGCCUCUGCCCAGCGUUCAGAAUCGCUGACUCACCAGGAUUCGCUUUUGGUUGCCGCUCCUCUCUUUUCUUUCCUACAACUAUCAACCUAGUGUGCCUCUCAAUCAAUCAUUCCUCCCUUCACCGCUGGAAUUUGUCUCCUGUAACAGCCCUAGCCCUAGCGACCGCGUCUAUCGUUUCAUUGUUACACUGGCUGCAACAUGUCAACCGAACUCCCCACCACCAACGGAAACGCCGCUCAGGAUGGCGACAACAACUUCGCCGUCAAGGCUGGCCUGGCCCGCAUGCUCAAGGGAGGCGUCAUCAUGGACGUUGUGAAUGCUGAGCAGGCCCGUAUUGCAGAGGAAGCCGGUGCCGCCGCAGUCAUGGCUCUGGAGCGAGUGCCCGCCGAUAUCAGGGCUCAGGGUGGCGUGGCUCGCAUGAGCGACCCCAAGAUGAUCAAGGAGAUCAUGGACGCCGUCACCAUCCCCGUCAUGGCGAAGGCCCGUAUCGGUCACUUCGUUGAAUGCCAGAUCCUCGAAGCUCUCGGCGUAGACUACAUCGACGAGUCCGAAGUCCUGACCCCUGCCGACGCAGUCCACCACGUAGACAAGCACCCCUUCCGCAUCCCUUUCGUCUGCGGCUGCCGCGGCCUCGGCGAGGCCCUUCGCCGCAUUUCCGAAGGCGCCGCCAUGAUCCGCACAAAGGGCGAGGCCGGCACGGGCGAUGUCAUCGAAGCCGUCCGCCACAUGCGCACCGUCAAUGCUGAGAUUGCCCGCGCAAAGAGCAUGUCCGAGGAGGAGCUCCGCGUGUACGCCAAGGAGUUGCAGGUGGAUUUUGCGCUGCUCAAGGAGACGGCCCGGCUGGGGAGGCUGCCCGUGGUAAAUUUCGCCGCCGGCGGCGUGGCGACGCCUGCGGAUGCGGCCCUGAUGAUGCAGCUCGGUUGCGAUGGUGUCUUCGUCGGGAGCGGUAUCUUCAAGAGCGGCGAUGCGGCCAAGCGGGCGAAGGCUAUCGUGCAAGCGGUGACGCACUACAAGGAUCCGAAGGUGUUGAUGGAGGUCUCGAUGGAUCUGGGGGAGGCCAUGGUGGGAAUCAACACCGGGUCCAUGGCCGAGGGGGAGAGGUUGGCGAAGAGGGGUUGGUAGAGACGUCCAUCUAAUGGGGCGCGGAGGAAAAGCAAAUCUGAAAGCGAUUUUCGCGAACGGGAUAUCAUAUCAGCUUCGAAGGAAUGAUGGGCUCUGGCGUUUUCUCCUUUGUAGGGACGGGGCGGCUUUUCCCUCCUCUCCCAAUGUCCACCGGCGGCGAUAUGUUUUGUAGACGGGAAUACCAGCGAGCUGCAUCUUGUUCAACCAAGUAAUAGAAUCGACCAGUUUCAGCCAGAAAUCUCCAGGCGGUU